AUGAGUGCGGAGGCGCAGCAGGACGAUUUGCCGCAGGAGAUCCUGGAGGCUUCUACGCCAGAGAUCCAGAUGCGUACGCGUCUUCUCGAUAACGAGCUGCGUAUGAUGAAGUCGGAGCACAUGCGCUUGACGCACGAGCACGGCGUGAUGAAAAAGCGCAUCAAAGACAACGCCGAGAAAAUCUCGCAAAACAAGGUCCUUCCUUACCUUGUUGGCAACGUGGUAGAGAUUCUUGACAUUGACCCAGAUGUGGACGAGGAUGAUGAAGAUGGUGCACAUAUGGACGCUGAGCGGCAUCGCGGCAAGUGUGCCGUGAUCAAGACCAGCACGCGCCAAACAAUUUUUCUGCCGCUCAUCGGCCUAGUCAAUGCAGAAGAGCUCAGGCCGGGGGAUUUGAUUGGUGUGAACAAAGACAGCUACCUGAUUUUGGACAAAUUGCCGGCAGAGUACGACACACGCGUCAAAGCCAUGGAGGUCGAGGAGCGGCCCACCGAGACCUACACGGACAUCGGCGGUCUCGACAAGCAGAUCGAGGAACUUGUAGAGGCGAUUGUGCUGCCUAUGCAACAGGAGGGAAAGUUUAAGAACCUCGGCAUCAAGCCGCCCAAAGGCGCGCUCAUGUACGGGCCACCGGGCACGGGCAAAACGCUGCUUGCGCGUGCGUGUGCGGCACAGACAAAUGCGUGCUACUUGAAACUCGCGGGGCCCUCGCUCGUACAAAUGUUUAUCGGCGAUGGCGCCAAACUCGUCCGCGAUGCGUUCGAGCUCGCCAGGGAAAAGGCGCCUGCUAUCAUCUUUAUCGACGAGCUCGAUGCGAUCGGCACCAAGCGAUUCGACUCGGACAAGUCGGGUGAUCGUGAGGUACAGCGCACCAUGCUUGAGCUGCUCAAUCAGCUUGAUGGUUUUUCCAGCGACGAGCAGAUCAAGGUGAUUGCCGCUACGAAUAGGAUCGAUAUUCUCGAUCCUGCGCUCCUCCGCUCGGGGCGGCUGGACCGCAAGAUUGAGUUUCCGCUCCCCAACGAGGAGGCGCGUGCGCGCAUCAUGGAGAUUCAUUCACGUAAGAUGGCCGUCGGGUCGAACGUCAAUUUUGACGAGCUCGCGCGCUCGACCGAUGAAAUGAACGGCGCACAGCUCAAGGCGGUUUGUGUGGAAGCUGGUAUGAUUGCGCUCCGGGAAGGAGCCACAGAGCUGGACCACGAACACUUCCUCGGCGGUAUUCUUGAGGUGCAGGCGCUGAAAAAGUCGGAUCACUUCUACUAUGCAUAA